GUAUGAAAUUACUUUUCAAGCUUGAAGGUUUGAAGUUCACUGUUUCCUUCUAAUUGUUCCGAGUGAGCUAUGGUUCACGUCUUGGGGGUGCAGCUCCCAGACUACCAGUAUACAAGGUUCGCCUUGACUGCAUUCUAUGGCAUUGGCCAUAAAACUGCACAUCGACUUUGUGCACGUCUCCAAAUUCACGACAAGUGCAAAGUUCGAAGUCUAACACCCCAUCAAAUCACAGAACUUGCCGCAUUCCUCUCCUCUCCUUCUACUUCAACACCUAUUCCUCGCUUUCCACUAGCCACGUCGUCCUAUAAACCUCCUCUGGCCUCUACUCCACUUGCGGUCCUGAAGGAGGAGACGAAGAAGCUCUCGCAAAGGGCAUGGGCAGAUCCACUAAGAAACAUCAAGAUUGAGAGCGAAGCCAGGAGAGUGGUCAAGGAUAAUAUUGCGCACCAACGCAUGAUAGGCAGUUACGUUGGCAAGAGGCAUGCUAUGGGUCUGCCCGUCCGCGGCCAGAAUACCCAAAAUAACGCACGGACCGCGAAGAAACUCAACAGGGUCGAUCGUCGUGGCUGAGGGUGUUUCUUAUGUAUGUUUCUAUAUCCUCGGAAGUUCGCCGGACGCCGCGCUUGUUCCAUGUUCGUCUUCUAGAUAAUACAAGUACUAUUCCUAAGUAC